UUUUAUCUCAGUUUACUACUUUGUCUUUAAUAUUUUAUAGCUUUUGACAUUGGUGUACCAUGGAAAAACAGCAGCAGCUUGAAAAGUGCGCGCAGCUCUUGUCCAAGCGGUCGACCGACGACGAGAAGCUGGCGGGGCUUCUUUUGGUGCCCAGGAUCGUUGACGUGCAGGACAGCAAAUCGUUGGGCUAUAUAUUCGAGGCCAUGGACAUAAAUUUCUAGAGCGGUUGCUGCGAACGGGGAUGAAGCGACUGGUCAAAAGUCAAGCGAUUUGGACACUGAUACAAGCGGUGAGUCGCCCAUGCUCGGCAUUGCUGUUGCCGUCAUUGCUGUCUUUGCUUCGCACAGCGCGAUUGCCCAGCAGGCAAAAAUGGUUGACCGCAUCCCCACACUAUACAAAGUGGCCGUGCUAGGUGUUGCUAAUGUUUCGGCAGAGGCUACACAAGCACUGUGCAAAAUAUUAGCGUUGGAUGCUGCAUUCGGAGAAUACUGGAGCAGCCCGAGUCAUUUGUGGAGGCAAUUGCCGCGUCAACAUGGGCAUCGAAAUAUCGGCGCAUUGGAAGUGGUUGAUUUUGCACUCAACCGGUCUUCCGCAUUUAUUCAUGCACAAGACAACGUAGCACAGUUUGCAAGCGGCUGGAACUACCUGGUUGCACACAUUGCCUCUGCAUUUGGAACGAUGCAGGGUGCACUGAAAUUUGAGCUGAUGGGCGUGCUCGCAAGCUCCCUUGAGCCUAUUGAUUCUGAGGAUGCCACAGCCAUUGACAACACGGUUUCAUGCUCGUUGAUCAUUGCAAAUAUUAGCAGCGGUUGCAUCUGGGUGCUGAGACAAAAAUCAGAGACCAGCAAGUACGCUGACCAGGCGCUGGUCUUGUAUUCUCACUUGGUGAGGCUGUGGCCCAAUCACACAUUUUUAAGCAAGGCUGACGUCACAUUGGUGGGCCCUGACUCUGAACCCACUCGGCAAAAGGAUGCUGAGCUAGUGCUGCGACUGGCGUGCAUCGAAGGACAGGCAUCUAUUGAUACGAUGAUGAUCAGCCGUCCUGUCAGCAUGAACCAGAGGAUUCAGUGCAAAGAUCGGAGCGGGCAAGGACACGUCUGGGGUGGAAGUUUCCAACGUGCGCCGAGAUUGCCGCUGGCUGGCUCGAGUGGAUCGGUCAGUGGCUGGAUGCCCAGAGCGAAUCCGCCGAUGUGGACGAGGACGCCAUCUACGAGUUGAUGUCGAAGUGCAAAAACUGUCGCAAGCAGCCAUCGGCUUUUUGGUUGAUUUUCGGGAACGGAUGGGCGACGAAAGGAGAUGAUGGACGUCAGUCCUGAGCUAGUCCUCAGCUCUAUUCGUCUCCUAGGCCAAUGGUUAGCUACUG